AUGGCGAAUAUUCAGGAGCUCUCAAAUGAAGUUCUUAAUGCAAUCCUCGACAACAUCGAAUCAGAGUCUCAAAGCUGCGUCAGCGUAGACCGGAGAGAAUACCUCUCCGUCGAAAGCUUCCGGCUCCCAAGCCCGCCAUUACCAUGUCAAGCGCAAGACAUUGCAAGUUUUAGACUUACGUGUCGAAGAUUUGCAGACUUAGGGAUUCCCUAUCAGUUCACCAGGGUCACUCUUCGUUUUUCCUCGCGGGGCUUUCGAAGGUUGGAGGAAAUUUGCAGCAACGGUCAUCUUAUACAGAAUACACGGAAGUUUAGCUAUUUGGUUCCUCUCUUUUACGGUAACAGCAGAUUGCAGGUUGGUGAAUUUAUACGUUCCACAAGGCCCGCCGACGCCUUCGACCCCUUGCACGCUGCGAGCCUACGAGCGAGAGAGAAGGAUCAAACAAAAAUACUACGAUCGGGUGAAGACACUCGCAUCCUGAAGAAAGCAAUGGCAGCAUUCACAACACUUCAGCAUGUGCAGAUCCUUCGUUUGACAGAUGAAGCCGAUCAGCGUUUGCUCGAAUUGUUGGAGCGAGAUGGGUCAAAUGCCGCUCCUUCUGGACAACCCGUGGUAGACUUGAGAUGGUCGCCUGCAUGUUAUCAUGCCACGAAGACUAUCGCUGAAGCUCUAAUGUCCACACAAUCAUCUUUCAAUAAAUUCUCAGGGCCCAUGAUGAGCCCUCAGAGCAUGCUAGCUAUUCAGCGGAACAUCCCCCAGACGUUCUCUUCAUUUGCGUCUGGUCUCACUUGUCUUGAACUACAUUUUGAGGAUGGUGCAGACCUCAAUACCCGGGUUCAAGAGCUCUCCGGCCUUUUCCGCGCGGUAUUCCUGGCAGCGAAGAACCUACAGGCUGUGCACAUCGGAUUCCCUUCCCGUGCACCGCUCGACUUGAAUCUCGAAGACAUCUUUCACGAUAUCAAAUGGGACAAGCUUCGUGCCUUUGGCAUUCAAGCUUGUCGUCUGGAAGCAAGGGAGAUUAUUUGGCUCGCUAGACGACAUAGCAAAACUCUUAGAGGCUUACGUCUCCGCGAUGUGCUGCUCAAGGAGGACAGCAUGUGGAAAGACGUUCUGCAAGUUCUUCGUACCGAGAUGGAACAGCUGGACUGGGUCAGUCUCCGUCGAAUUGAUUACUCAAAUCAUUUCGAUGAUUCCUGGGAGGGCAGUAUGGAGGUUCCUGACGAUAUAGCCUUCGGGUCAAGCGAUAGUGACGAGGAAGACGAUUUCCCUACCCAUCCGAGCGAUGGCGACUUCGAUGCCGACAGUGACGAUGAGUCAGACGAGAACAGUAAUGCUGACACCGAUCACGGUCCUGACGCGAAUGAGCUUGCUUUGUCGCCUGAUACGCCAGCUUCACUACCUUCCUGCACAUGUUCGAAUGGUUCACAUGCGCUCAAUGCAGAUGAUUUGGGGGACAACGGCCACUCUGUGACUUAUCCCCAGCGGAAGAUGUGGGAGAAAUGGGUCAUUGGCGGUUACUGUCCAGAACAUUCAAGCUAG